AUGACGGUCGCCAAAAACCAGCAGGGCGCGAGCUCAAGCUCGAGCUUUGCCCCUCCUCCCACGUCCCAACAGACUAGCGACUUCGACCUCGACAGAGCCGACAGUCAGGAAGUCCCCGACGCUCUCGUCUCUGAUGGCUUCAGCCUGCCGUCUCUGGAGGCCGACGGCGAGGUCCCGCCGGCCUACGGCGAACUCCCCGACCAGCUACACUUCUCCCACUCGGGCGUGGAAGCCGGCGCCAACGUGACAGGCGACGGCCGAGUAAACAUCAAUAUCAACCAGAGCGGCAACCGCCUCGCCGAGAUCCUCGCCCCGACCAUCGCACGAAGCCAGCUCCUCGCCGACAAGCGGCCCUCGGGGCCCCUCCCACCGGCGUACAUCCCCCCGUCCCUCGGCGGCCAGCCGGGCCAGACCCCUCCCCCGCAGCUCAACGUCGUCAUCCAGAUCGUCGGUUCGCGAGGUGACGUCCAGCCCUUCGUCGCCCUCGGCAAGGUUCUCAAGGAGACGUACGGCCACCGCGUACGCAUAGCCACGCACGCGACGUUCCAGAAGUUCGUUGAAGAGAAUGGGCUCGAGUUCUUCAACAUCGGCGGCGACCCCGCCGAGCUCAUGGCCUUCAUGGUCAAGAACCCCGGCCUGAUGCCCGGCUUCGACACGCUCAAGAGCGGCGAGGUCAGCAAGCGCCGUAGGGGAAUUCAGGAGAUCCUGUUAGGAUGUUGGCGCUCGUGUAUCGAGGCUGGAGACGGGCUCGGCCCGCCGCCCAAACCCCACGGCAGAGACGCCCCGAUGGACGAUUCGAUCGGGUUGCCUGGAGACGCCUCGCAGAGGCCGUUUGUCGCUGACGCGAUUAUCGCCAACCCCCCGAGCUUUGCGCACAUCCAUAUUGCCGAGAAGAUGGGCAUACCGCUCCAUCUGAUGUUCACCAUGCCGUGGACGCCCACCCGCGCUUUCCCGCAUCCGUUGGCGAACAUUCAGUCGACCAACACCGACCCCGUCAUGACCAACUACGUCUCGUACGCGCUGGUCGAAAUGAUGACAUGGCAGGGCCUGGGAGACGUCAUCAACCGGUUCAGAGAGAAAGCUCUGGAUCUAGACCCCAUGUCACUGAUCUGGGCCCCGGGUGUGUUGAACAGGCUGCGCAUUCCCUACACGUACUGCUGGUCGCCGGCACUCAUUCCGAAACCCAACGACUGGGGCCACGAGAUCGACAUUUCUGGGUUUUACUUCCUGAACUUGGCUUCCGCGUUUACUCCGGACCCUGACUUGGCUGCCUUCUUAGCCGCGGGCCCCCCUCCGGUGUACAUCGGAUUUGGGUCCAUCGUGGUGGAUGACCCGAACGCGCUCACGAGGAUGAUCUUUGACGCCGUUCACAUCACGGGUGUGCGGGCGCUUGUUUCGAAGGGCUGGGGAGGCUUGGGUGCUGAGGAUGUCGGGCUCCCCGAAGGCGUCUUCAUGCUGGGCAACGUACCGCACGACUGGUUGUUCAAACACGUGUCUGCCGUCUGUCACCACGGCGGUGCCGGUACCACUGCAGCCGGUAUCCAGGCCGGCAAGCCCACGAUAGUGGUUCCGUUCUUCGGAGACCAGCCUUUCUGGGGCGCGAUGAUCUCCAGAGCCGGCGCCGGCCCGGAUCCCAUCCCGUUCAAACAGCUCACGGGGGAAAAGCUUGCGGAGGCUAUCAAGUUCUGCCUGAAGCCCGAGACUCAGGGCAGAGCGCAGGAGCUCGGCCACAAGAUCCGCGAGGAGAAGGGAACGGAUCUUGGCGGCAAGAGUUUCCAUGACCAGUUGGAUACCGACGCUCUUCGAUGCUCUAUUGAGCCCAGUCGAGCUGCCGCGUGGCGUGUCAGGCGCACCAAAGUUCGGUACCGAGCCAAGGAAUACAUCACAGACGGCCAGCCAUGGGACCCUGUUUCGGCGGUCGCAUCGUCACUGGUAACAGACAUCGGCAAUAUUGGCAUGGCCGUCGCCGAUUUCCCUCGCGAAAUCUUCAAGAGCCGGAGCAAAGGGGACAAGACGCCGGAGCCCCCAGAAAUCCCCUUCAAGGAGGGCUCGACUUCUCGCACAAGUCUUGCCCAAGGAAGCGACCAGGCGUCGAUGGCGCCUCCCAGCACGCAUGCAUCCGAGUCUUCCACACAGCUAGGCAUGUUGGAAGGUGGCUCGACGCCGACAUUGCCGUUGUCCCCGCGUGAGACUACAUCAUCCGCGACUCCCUCCCAUGCGCCAUCUGCCACCCCGUCCAUGGUCUUCAGCGGACCGGACUCGUCUUCCAUCGCCCCCUCCGAAACAACCACGUCCGACCAGUCCCGCCUCGGCCGGCCCCCGGGAAGCCCAGGCAAGAAACCGGCCAUUAGAGAUUCUUCACCGGUGGCUGUUGGCGUCGACACAGCCGUGGCGGCCGGAACGAGCGUGAGCCGAAUCGUCACCACGGGCGUCAAGACGCCAAUGAACGUGUGCCUUGGCCUGGCCAGGGGCUUUCGAAACGCACCGAGACUGUACGGCGACGAGAUGGUGCGGCCGCAGGAGAAGGUCACUGAUUUCUCGAGCGGUCUCAAGGUUGCCGGGAAGGAGUUUGCCUUUGGCAUGUUCGACGGCAUCGGCGGCCUUGUCAUGCAGCCACUCAAGGGCGCCGAAAAAGAAGGCGGAAAGGGCCUCAUCAAAGGCUUUGGAAAGGGCAUUGGCGGUCUGAUCUUCAAGCCCGCGUCUGCUGUCUGGUCCAUCCCUGCCUACACCAUGCAAGGCGUUCAUGCGACGCUGCGCAAUGCGUUCGCGACAAGUGUCCAGAACUACAUCAUCGCCUCCCGCAUGAAGCAAGGGCAGCAGGAAAUGCGAGACGCCAGCCAAGCAGAGCGUGAGGACGUGAUUGUGCGCUGGAACAACAUCAAGUUCGACCUGAAGAAUUUCCAAGCCAUGAAGUUGAAGGAGCAGCGCGAGAAGAAGGGCGACGGCGGCCCGUCGUCGGCAUCGCCCGCGCAGCCCGACGCCGGAUUGUCCCCUCCCGUCACGGGCUGGUCGCACACGAAGCACCUGUCGUUCGAGGAGCGGAAGAGAUUGCACGCGCGGAAGGAGGCGUGGAAGAAGGGCCACGUCGAGGCGCUCGUCCCCGAACUGGAGGGCGACAUGCCACCGCAGUCGCCGUCGAGAAACAGCACCAGCACCAGCGUGGCCGAGGACGAGGAGUUCGAGCGCGCCAUCCGGACGUCCGUCGCGGAGACGUCGCGCGGGAACGCGGACGAGGACGCGGCCGUCGAGCAGGCCAUCAGGGCCAGCGUCAACCACAUCCGCAGCAGCGGACAGUCCCUCCCGGACGCUGCUCGGCCUCAGCAGGCCUCCUCCUCCUCCUCGUCGCGCCUGCUGGACGAGAAGAACCCGGAUAUUUUCAAGGACGCCGACCUUGAGAUCACGGAUGAAGAGUACCAGAGCCUCAUUGAGCAGGCGAUCCAGCAGAGCAUGGCCGCGCGCGCCGCUGGGGGAACCACCCCGCAGCAAGCCCAGGAACCCCAUGACGAGGAGGAGUACCGGCGGGCCCUCGAGGCGUCGAAGAAUGCCCCGCCGCCACCACAGUACGAGGACGAUGAGGAUUUCAAGCGUGCCCUCGAGGAGUCCAAGAUGCAUCAGCACCACGAAGGGGGCGGCGACGAUGACGAGGAGCUGAGGAGGGCAAUCGAGGCGUCGGAGGCGGCGCACAAGGACCAGAUGAGCCGUGACCAGGCGGCGCGGACGGAGGAGGACAUCGUCAUGGAGUACGUCAAGAAGCAGAGCCUGGCGGAGGAGGAGUUCCGCCGGACGGCGUCCAAGGGGAAGGGGCGCGAGGGGGCUGACGGUGAUGAUGAGGACGAGGAGUUGAAGAAGGCUAUGGAGGAGAGUCUGAAGAUGAGCGGGAAGCCGGGACAGUCGAGUUCUUCGUGA